CCACCAAAGUCCUUGGCACUGUUAAGUGGUUCAACGUCAGAAAUGGAUAUGGAUUUAUAAAUCGAAAUGACACCAAAGAAGACGUGUUUGUACAUCAGACCGCCAUCAAGAAGAAUAACCCUCGGAAGUAUCUGCGCAGCGUGGGAGACGGAGAAACGGUGGAGUUUGAUGUGGUCGAAGGGGAAAAGGGUGCUGAAGCGGCCAAUGUGACCGGCCCUGAUGGAGUCCCGGUGGAAGGGAGCCGCUAUGCUGCUGAUCGCCGCCGUUACCGGCGUGGCUACUACGGCCGGCGCCGUGGGCCUCCCCGCAGUUACGCUGGGGAGGAGGAGGAGGAAGGGAGCGGCAGCAGUGAAGGAUUUGAGCCCCCCGCGGCUGAUGGGCAGUUCUCGGGGGCCCGGAGGCAGCUGCGCCACCCCCAGUUUUACCCUCAGUUCCGGCAGCGGCGCUUCCCGCCGUACCACGUGGGACAGACCUUUGACCGCCGCCCUCGGGUCUUUCCCCAGCCCAGCAGAACGCAGGCCGGUGAGAUUGGAGAGCUGAAGGACGGGGUCCCUGAGGGAGCCCAGCUUCAGGGUCCGGUACAUCGGAACCCCACUUACCGUCCCAGGUACCGCAGAGGGCCUCCGCGCCCACGGCCCGUAGCACCGAUUGGGGAGGCUGAGGACAAAGAGAACCAACAAGCGGCCAAUGGUCCCAACCAGCCAGCUGCUCGCCGUGGCUACCGGCGUCCCUACAACUAUCGGCGCCGCCCCCGCCCUCCGAACGCUCCUUCGCAAGAUGGCAAAGAGACCAAGGCAGGUGAAGCGUCAGCUGAGAACCCCGCUCCGGCCGCCGAGCAGAGCAGUGCUGAGUGACACCGGCUCCCCGGGCACCUUCACCACCAGCAGGGUGACCUAAAGAAUUAAUGACCAUUCAAAAAUAAAGCAAAAAGUACACCCACAACCUUACCAACACCAAAGAAACAUCUAAGCAAUAAAGUGGAAGACUAAAUAAGAUUUGGACAUUAGAAUGUUUACCACUAUUCUUUGAGAAACUAACAACUGCAAGAGGAAGAUGUCAGCAAAUAUUUCCAGCCAGCUGUGAGCCCAGGAAUGCCUGCACAGGACAGGAGAGUGUCCUCCCCAGUUUCAGCUAUCACUAGGUUUAUAUUUUUUUCCUGGUUUUUACUGUUUUGGUAUUUGAAAGAAGAAAUAUUAAUACUAUAUGGGGAGAACCCCAACCAAAGAAAUCUAAAAUUGUUGUAUAGUAAAUGCUGUUUUUCUUUUUUUGUUCAUUUUGGAUGCUGGUGCUAAACUUCUAAGUGUCAUGAUUUAAAAAAAAAAAAAAAGUUUGCCCUUAUUUAUUUUUAGGAUGGGGGGAGGACGACAUUUUUGCUUUCUUUUGUGACUCUCUUUGGAAAUGUGCGGUAAAAAAAUUUCUCCAAAAUAAAAUUUUUACCCUUCAAAGGAAAA